CCCGCAUUUUCUCAUUGCCGUGUGACUACCCGGUCGCCAAAUCAUCACUUAUUUAUGUUUUUUGGCUCUACUGUCACGGUUCUGGGUUUGUUGAUGUUAAAACAUGUCGACGUCUUUGGCCCCCUCGUCGCCAACGACGCUAGGUCCGAUGACACCACCGUUACCUGUAUUACAGAGCAGUAAGCCAUCCUUGGUACACUUGAAUGUGAGAGAGGUCCUGGAAAAAGAGUCGGUCGACCAUGCCAAAGAAAUUUCAAAAAAGGUUAAUCUGGAAAUUGAAAAGAAAAAGGAAGAGUUAAGGAUGUUGGUCGGAGAGCGGUAUCGAGACUUGAUUGAUGCGGCGGACACUAUCGGAACAAUGAAGACGAGUUCUGUAUCAGUUUUUGACCAAUUGACUGUUCUUCGAGAAAAGUUUUCUAGCUUUCCUACUCAGCUUGUAAAUAUUAAAACGCCAAAGGAGUUUGAGAACAAAAACCGGUUGAAUGCUGAGGAAUUUGAAAUCGCAUCCGAACUGAAACUCUCAUUUGAAGUGCCUCGCCAACUAAAUGUCUGUUUGGAUAAGAAACAACUAGUUCCUGCCGUCCAUUUGUAUUUAUUCUAUGAAAAAUAUUUGUGUCAAAAUUCCAAACCAUACUCUUGGACAUUCUUGAACAGUAAUUCAGGCCAAACUGCACAAGAGACUUCAGAGAGCAUGAAAAUUUCAAUUUUGACAGAAUGUUCGGCUGUCUUUGAGAAUGAUGAUGAGCAAAUUGAGAAAAUUGCUGAAUCCAUAAUUGCUAAACAGGUCUUGUCCAAGUCAACAUGUGAAGAAGUAAUAAAAGAAUUCUUAGCGCAAAGAAUAAAAAAUAUUCAAAAUUCGUUGGAUGACCAAGACCCAAACUUUGUAAAAGAUAUCACUUCAUCCCUUAAAGCUGUACACUCCAUAUUUAUUGAACCGCAGCUAUACAACUUAUCAGCAAAGAAAAUGAAACGACCAAAUCUGUUGACUGGUCAGUUUGGCUUUAAAUUCACAACAAAGUCUUUGAGCACCUUUCACCAAGAAACUUUGAAUAUUGAAGAACCUCCUAGACCAACAAUUUUGGCUGAUCUAAUCCUAAAGCAAUUUAUCGAUCCUUUAAAAAUUGUUUUGGAACAAUGUUACUCUACACAAAAAUUUCUACCAGAUUCAGAACUGAAAAGCUUUGACGAUUUGAGCAAAUAUCGUUCUCUGAUUAUGAAUAGUUUAAUAGCUAACAAAGAGGCUCAAGAUUUACUUCGAAUCGUCCUUGGGACCUCAAAGACGUUAUGGACCGAAGCUUUCUAUCCAGUUUUUACAGAAAAGUGUAACACAGUUUCAAGAAAUUGGAUGCACACAAUUUUCACUUUUUUGGAGCACGAUGCACUACCACGAUUUCAAAAAGUGGAUGAACAAUUAGAUUUAGUCUCAUUUGUCUGGAAACCACCAACAUUAAACGUUAAUGAAUCAUCAAACAAGUCAUUGUACGACACUGACUUGGACUUAAAAUUGAAAUUAAAUGGUUUAUCCCCACCAGUUGCUAGUCUGUGUUCGGAGCUCGAAAACCAAUUUCAAGAACUCUUGAAAGAUUUUCAACACCUCGGAGACACGACUUUGAAAAAUCACAUCUCUUCAAGUCUUGUACAAGAGUUCGACCAAUUCCUGAAAUCAAAAGUCACAUCCUGCCGGAAUUUGUUCAUUGGGAAAUUGUGUACAGCUAUUUCUGAAUUGUGUACAACUUUGUGGAAACUGUUAAAUCAAAAUGAUAAACUUUUGUUGAGACAAAUUUUACAGUCAAAAUGUGAAGAAUGCUGGUCAGCGUGGAGUGAAGAAGUCAUUGAUAAAUUCAGAUCAAACUUGGAAACCAAAAUGUGUGACCUGCGACCUUUUACUGUAGCAUCCUUCAUGCCGGUAGCCGAGGAUUUCGUAUCGUCAUCAACUGAUGGAGAAGUUGUCAAAGCAUCUAUUCGAGUCCCACUUCAAUUAUCACAUCAAAUCCACGCUUUGGUUUUCGGAAUUUGCGUAGAUCUGGCAAAAGUUGGUCCACAAUCUAUUCCUAAGAUUGUGAGAGAAAAUAUUCGCCUCAGAUUGGGAUCCAUCAUUGCAAAAAUUUACCACAAUCUUAUCGACCAAUCAUCCACAGCAUCUUCGUCUGGCGAACCUGCUGAUGGGGUUGAAGAGCAACGGCUUCUACCCCAAGUUGCAGUGCAGCUUAUAUUUGAUUUGAAAUUUUGUCAAUGGUUCCAUUCCACACUCUCCGAAAACGACACAUAUAAAACUCUUGUGGCUAACUUAACGGGAGUUAUAGAUCCUUUCGAUUUAGACAUUGUCGUUCCCAGAAUGACGGUCAACCUGAAGAAAUUUCUAUUUGAGACACACUUGACGUUGGGUCUCCUUUUCUCCGAAGAAAGUCACAGCUUCAUUCACUUCUUCAAAACCAAACAAAACCCAAUAUCUCUUGUGAAUCAAACGCUUUGCACUACACUUCCUUUACUUCCAAUUUAAUUAUCAAUUAAUCAUACGUUGGACGUUAUAUUGUGGGUCCAGGUUUAUCAAUUCACGACCUUCUGGGCAAUUGUACUUUGUAUCUAAACGAAAAUAAUAAUAAAGUUAAAUAAUUAUGCCUAACAAUAAUAAUACAAUA